AUGGCGGUGUUUGUUUCUGCUUUAAAUCAGCGACCGCUAAAUUGCAAUCUAAGGCUGGGAGAGAGCCUGCUCAACGGCGAGCUUGCAGAAGAAGGCUGGCACGACCUCGCCCAGUUUGCCCGGCAGAGCGUUUUCUUUAUCGCCGAAGUGCCGCAUGCCUGGCUACUCCCCCACUGCAGCUGCUUAGUUCACCACGGCGGCGCCGGGACAUUGCAGACUGCGUUGCGCGAGGGUGUGCCGUCUGUGGUCACGCCCAUCUUUGCCGAUCAGUUUGACAACUCUCGGGCGGUGGCGCGCCUUUCUGCUGGAGUUGGUUUCGAAGAGAAUCUGUCGCAGGUCUCCGCAUUCGAGCUCGCCGAGGCUAUCCACGAGGCAGAAGCCUGCCGGCCAGAAGUGCGAAGCCUCGGAGAACAGCUACGUGACAACAAUGGCGCACAGCAG